GAAAUGCGGGCCAAUAUUGUUGAAAAUAAUGAAAGUAUUUUUAACUUCCUGUAAACCCUUGAAAACCAUUGCAAUUUUUCCAACAUUUCUUUGGGGAAAACCGCUAUCCUGAAAGCAUAAUUUAAAGGCAAAAAGAAGCUUGCUUCGUCUGGCAACCUUUGUAAAGUUGUACGUUGCUGUACAUUAUUAUUGUGUGGAAUUUUAUGCCUUGCUUGGAAUAUAAAUUUCAAGGUGGUUGACCACAAAAUGACCAAUAUAUUCAAAUUUAUGCUUCAAGCAUGACCAAACGUCAUCGACUAUAUGGCAGCCAAAAAGAAGUAAGCAAUAUUAUCUGUUUGUAUUAUAUUGUUUUAAUAACACGCUACGAAAUAUAGAAGAAAGAAUAGAUCGAUAUACACAUGCGAUUUCAAAGACCCAAGACAUAAAUAUCGAAUGGUAUCUCGCUUUUUUGACAGGUAGGCUGGAUUCUCAAAAGUUUAUAAAUAUCUCGUCCGGUUGCUUUGUAUAUUAAACCGAACAUGAUCCAUAUAAUGGUUUGUAUAUACACAAUUUUACAAAAUAAACACACAAUUAUGCGAAUUCCUUUAGACUAUAUAUGCUCGAUUUAUAUGAAUUUAAAAUCAAAAUUUAUAUCCUAUAAAGUAAAUGUAGUUUAAUAGGCUCGUUAAUUUGCUAUUUUACACACUGACUUUGUUAUUUUACACUCGCUGAUAUUUAAAUAUUAUAAAUAUACGACGUAUUUGGCUUAUGUAUUGACAAAUUAAAGGUGAAUUUGGUAGUGUUUUAAAUCAAUUUUGCUAACUCAUUACAAACGGAAAGGAAUGUAUGUUUGGCCCACACAACACUUAUCGAAUUCAAGUACUAGGUAUUCCUAAGUUUUAAAUUAUAAUACAAAUCUGUCGUAUCUUAUUUGAUAGAAAAUUUAAAAAACCUUUUUUAGUGGCAACUUUAUAUUUGUGUUUAUGUCUAAAAAAAGCAAGGUGGUUCUAAAAUUGUUGCUGACAAGCGUAAAAAGCGUCCUACAAGCCUUUUAUAGUAAAAUUGUGGGAAAAGCUAAUUUAUUAUUUAAGCAAUCAAAAAAUCAGAUUUGUUUACAUAUGCUGUGUAUACUAGUCAAUUAUUAAUUGUUAAUUUUUUAUAUGUUUAGUAAUAUGUUACUUAUUCUAGUGGGUUUGUUUGAUCGGUUGCCAAGUUAAUUGAGUAUGUAUACUUGUACAUUAAGCUGAAAAUUUACCAUUUGUUCACAUAUAUACUUCCAACUUUCUAUGCACAUUUUUCCUAGCUGUGAUUUGCCUGUUUUUUUGAGACUGAACCAUGUGUUGACUUUAAACAUGCAGGAAAUAGAUCUCUUUCAAGUUGCGUACGUGUCGUAUUUUUCCUUUUGUGCAUCAUCAUGCAGCCGUGACAAGUGGACAAACCAGUUUACAUGUGGCUAAUUGUCAGGGCUGCUUCCUGUUUUUUUUUUCAUUUUAGUUACAAACUGAUUGUCCAUUGACAAUCUCAUGUAACCACCUUUACCAUAUAUUUCCAUUUGAGUUUAAAAUCUGUAAGAAUUUGAAAUCUUAUUAUGCCCAGAUGUGCCCCCCCCCUUUUUUUUCUAGGGAUAGGGGGUGGGCUCUGCCUUCAUUUGCUGGCAAUUGACAAUUCCAGGUUUUAGUUUGUGUGUGCAGGGGGAGAUUGGAAGUAAGGUAUCACAUUGCUGAUUAUGCUGAAAAAGUAAAAAUGGUGGCCGUGUAAACACGGAGUGAUAGCUUAUACUUGUAAAUAUUGAAAUAUAUUUUGGUUGUUUCGGCAGUUAUUAUUGAAAUUUUCAGCACAAUCAGCAAUAUGAUACCUUACUUCCCAUCACCCCCAUGCACAUAAAUUAAAAGCUGGAAUUGCCUAUUAUAAUCCCCACCAAGUCAUUGAACCACCAAAACUGAUUAUGAAACAACUUUGUGUUGCACAAAUUCUUCAGCAUUUCCAAGUUUCAAUAUAUCCCCACCUCCUAACAAUAACCAGGGUGUCCACAGGCCUUGAAAAUCCUGGAAAGUCCUUGAAUUGGAAAAAAAAUCCAGGACUGGAAAGUCCUUGAAAAUCAGUAGAAGUUCUUGAAAGUCCUGGAAUUAAUUUCCUUAACCUCCAGCUGUGCCAACAUUAGUGAUUUUGAUUAAAAUUACUGAAUAAAGUGAAAUAUUUACGGCAAAUCCGUGCCAUUUUCAAAGAUUUUUCCCAGUUCUAGGUUCUUGAAUUUACUGAAAAAGGGGCUUGAAAGUCGUGGAAAAGUCCUUGAAUUUCACCUUCACCAAAGGGUGGACACCCUGAUUAACCUAUUGAUUGCUGGCCAGUGCUCUCUUGACAGGAAAAAUCAUCUGGCUUUAGACGAAGUAAAAUAAUAAAGUGGGGCAUAAUAGGGGUGCAAUGCAUGCCCCCAAGCCCCCUAGAAUUAUCACAAAUGAUUAAUCCCCCCCUGGCAUUCUAUGUAUGCGUGCAUUUAUGUACAUAUUUUGCUACUUUGGGGUUGCACCUUGCAUAGGACUUUGUGUCCCCGGUUGUGCUUAUUCCUUUUGAGUAAAUAAUACAUGUAUAUUUAUGUAAUGUACUCAAUAAAUUUUUGAAGAAAAAAAAAUGAAUCCUUUUUUUUAAAUUUUACAUGUAGCAAAUAUUCACUUGUAAGAGGAACUUCAUAGGUUCAAAGAUCUUUCAAAAUAAAUAUUCCUGAGCAUUUUCUGUUAAGUGUUGAUGUUUGUGCAAUCAUAAUAUUUGAGAUAGGCAGGGCAAAACUUCGAAACUCGCAUACCACGGACAUUUGUUCCAUUUUAAUCUAACGUACGUUCCAAAUUAUGACAAAUAGUGUGCUAUGUAUUCCAUACGGUUGCUAAGGUAUGUAUACAUUAAAAUCUUACAUCAACUUGCCUUAAGUUUUAAGCUAUUAGUAGUUUUCCCUUUUAUUUUAUAAAUUGCUUCCGUCUUUGAUCAUUUAAAUCACUACUCGAAAGAUACAUUAAAAUUGUGUCAAUUUUAUGAAUUAGAAGUUAUGAUCAGAAAUGAACUCUAGUGAGUACUUCAUUUGAGUUACAUAGUGUCGUACAGUUCAUGUAAUUGGCACAAAUUGCACAAAAAACUGCUCAUCCGUCACGUAGACUCGUAUAGUGUCAAUACAAGACAGACUAUCGAGACAAACUGCUAUAGAAUAGCACGAUCUACUGAGUACUGUGCAAUGCCAAUGGUUUUGGCAACAAAUCCUCUACUCUCUACCUAUAAACUCUCAUGCAAACUCUCAUUUCUCAACUCGCAUACAACUCUUGUUCUCGUUUGACCGGGGCAUAAGAGUUGAGAAAACUCUCAUGCAACUAUCGCUUCUCAACUCUCAUCAUCAACUGAUUCAACUCCCAUUCCCGUUUGACCAGAGUUUCGAAAACUUAUGAAAGCUUUCUCAACAUGCACUGAUGACCCGGUCAAACGAGACUACAAGUCGUACUAAGAGUUGCAUGAAAGUUUAUGAGAGAUAUUACGAGUCAAACGAGCAAAAACUCAAGAUAUAGAUUAUGGAUCAUCUUGACGCAUUCCCUCAUUCAAUGAAAAUCGAUUUCUGGUUAUACGCUUCCAGGUUGCGGAGGUUUAGUCCGUACCUUCUACGACUCCAUAAUUUUAAUCUACUCUAUGUCUCUAUCAAAUUUGUUAAUCAUUAAAAGAUCAGUAAAUAAUCGGUCGUUAGACGGAUUUAAAAAAUUGAGCAUCAUGACCACGUGAUGUUAAUGAGUUAACAAGAGAUGUGGGCGGAUAGUCGUGCUCGACACUGUCCAUUGACAAGUAAAAUUUCCUGUCGUUAGAAAGAGUAAUAUUGUAAGAGAGGCGCAUCAGAGCGCAUUGCUGCUUAAUUGAUUAACAGGAAACGCGGGCAGAAAGUGUGAAGGGCGCACUGCAAUUCUUUAAUCUGUGAAAUAACAACGGACAUUGUUCACCUAUUAAUCCACCGCCCUUGGCGAUUAAAAUCCUCUGGUUUAAAUAGAAUAUAAGGAAUAGGGUACAAGUAAUCUGGGCAAAAUUAAUUUCUAUAAAAGAAUUCUCAAGUUAUUUGAAAGCAAGGUGUUGACAAAGUAGAGCGCAUUCAGAACGAGUGAAAUUAUUGGAGACAGAAAUUCGAGGGAAAGAUUUUACUAAUCUUCACUCUUUUUUUCGCUUGUUUAAUUUUCCCGUCUUUGCUUGGCCGAUUGGAAAAUCUCUAAUCGUUCAUAACGGCAUCGAGUCCCUCUGUAUGACAACCUUGGUUAUCAAGUUUUGAAUAGAAUAGCAAAAAAUAGGCGAUUUCCUAAAACAUCUCUUAAUCAUAUACAAUUUUUAGACUUAAGCAGGAGCAGUUGCAACAAAUGUAACUAUAGUAUAUGAAUGAAUGAAUGAAUGAAUGAACGAAUGAAUGAAUGAAUGAAUAAAUGAAUAACAAUAUUUAAUGAGGUUGAACACCAAUCUAACAAUAAAAGGUUAAUGAGGGUGGCCCUCAGUAUACAAGAUAAUUAAACCUAUACAUAUUUAUACUAUACAGUAUAAAAAAAGUAAAAAUACGCUAUUACAAAUUAAAUAAGACGAUUAGAGAUAUAUUUCAGUUAUUAAAAGUACUUAAAGUUAAGUCUUUGAAAUCAGUAGUUAAGUUGUUCCAAAUCUUUACGCCUCGAUAGCUAAAAGAUUUUUGUCCUGUUGAAGUAGACAGUUUGGGUAUUCUUAGUCUGCCAUCAGCUGCGUUUCUAGUAUUUACAUCAUGCAUAUCACGAGUGUAAACAUGGCGGGAGUCGAAGCUGCGAUUCUGGUGCAGCUCUCAAACUAACUGAAUAGCUACAGACUCCAAUUGACGAGCAUUGACCGUCUGUGACAACCAAUUUUUUUAUUGUUUUAGCUCAAUUUGUUUUGCAGUGAAGGUGCAUUAAGGCACUACUUGUAUAUCAUGCAGAUGAAUGAUGAUUGUUUUGCUGUUUUCUCUUUAGAGCACUUGAAAGAUUUGUAGUAAAAUUGAGAUUUUUGAAAACAAGGCCUGAUGAAAUGGACUUGGACCAGGUAUAAAACUAGGAAUUUGUUGUUUUUAUCAUGAAAUUUGUGCAUGCAUGGAUUUUAAUUGCCGCAGAGCAAACUUGAAAGUAACUUGUCCAUGUAACCGAAGGCAAUUUUAGUUGUAUAAUAAUAAUGAGAUCAGUAUAAUGAGAGUAUUUCAAACUUUCAGGGAGAUGUGGUACUCGUCUCAGCCAAGUUCAAUGAUGGGUGGUUCAAAGGAAUACGGUUGAGAGGAUACAAGGUAUUUCUCAUUCAUCGUCGCCACAUUAGCUUAUCGUAGAAUACUACCUAGUAGUAUAUAUACUGAUAGUUUUCCAAAAGAUAAAACCAGCCGUUGUUCUCGUUUGAUCAAGCAAUGAAAGUUGAGAAAACUCUCAUGCGAACUCUCGCUUCUCAACUCUCAUGCAACUCUUGUUCUUGUUUGACCGGGGCAUGAGAGUUGAGAAAACUCUAAUGUAAACUCUCGCUUCUCAGCUCUUAUCAACUCUCAUGCAGCUCUUGUUCUCGUUUUACUGGGGCAUGAGAGUUGAGAAAACUCUCGUGCAAACUCUCGCUUCUCAACUCUCAUCAACUCUCAUGCAACUCUUGUUCUCGUUUGACCGGGGCAUGAGAGUUGAGAAAACUCUCAUACAAAUUCUCGCUUCUCGGUUUUGUUUUAUACUUUUCUAUACCUAUAUACUGGACCGCCACGUUUGAGAUAUAUUUUUGAUGUAGUUGAAACACAAACUACAGAAGUAUCACAGGUAUACAUACCUGCUUGCUUUUAAUUUGAUAUAGGGCUUAAAAGAUCAGAUACGUUUAAUCACUCAUUUAGUGCCAUUUGGGGGGCGGAUAACACAGAAUUCUGUGAAUUUGAAAAUCCAUAUAAGUGAUACUUAAAAGUAGAAGUAUAGUUGUGAAGUCUUAAAAGUAGAAGUGUAGUCUACUUUGAAGUAAAAAUAGAAGUGGGAGUUUAAGCUUCACGUUUCCGGGAACGGCAAACGGCAGGUUCGAACUUUCUUGGAAAAAUUUUCGUUGAACGUUUUCGUUUCAUAUUUUCUUUCUUGCGUCGAAAGAAUAAUUAUGUAUUUCAGUUUUAAAACAGCAAGUUCAUUUACUCUUUAUUGCCUGAUACCGUAUAAUUUUUCUUUGCCUGGCGUUUGACGUGUAACAAUAAAACGACUUGAGUAAGACUAAAAAAGUAUACUGCAGGCAAAACGUACUUAAUUAAGUAAAAAGUAGCUACAAAGUAUCCUUAAAAAAUACUUGAAUUAAAAGUAAAAGUACUAUUGUCUGUAGUGUGAAGAGGGGGCGGGUGUACUUCUUCAAUGGAUUGACAUACAAAAGACAUAAAACAACACACGCAUUAUAUGCGUGUACCUAAUAUACAAUAUUUCACGUCAUGGUUUACUUUCCAGACCCCGUUGAAGAUAUAAGAAAUCCAUUAAAUAAAUAAUGCCUAUAAGUAAGCCACAAACGAGAGAUCCCAGACGCAUGUAGAGGUCCUAUUACCUAUCCCAAAAUUAAAAUAAAUCGGGAAUAAAUCACGUAAACGAAACAAAAGUUAGACGAAAUACUUCGCCACAACAUGAAAAUAACGAAGUAAAACGUCACUUCUUCAAACGACUUCGUUCCAAGUAAAAGUACUCCAGAAAAAGUUUACUUUGUUACAUGCUGACUUCUCAAAAAUAGUAUUCAAAUACAGUAACGAAGUACAUAAAUUACUUCGUUACUUGACACCAUUGCAUGAAACACUCAUGUAUUUUAAUUAAGUUCAAACAUAGUUGGAACACUAUCAAGUUUAUUUUGUUAAUCUAAAGCUUAAAAUGUCACUGUAACAAUGCGUGACUAGCAACUAGUACUCCCAUCAACUUUCAUAUUUAAUUAUGCAUCAGACACUGUCACAGCGGGACGCAGCCAAUAGUAUAUAGAAAGUUUACCGUGACGUGUGCUAUAUUGUACAUGAUAUACAACCGUGCAUCUUUCAUCGUCUUACUUCCGUAUAUACUAUAUAAGCACAGCUCCAACCGUACACAAAGCAAGCUUGAAAUUUGUCCAUAGAAACCUUGGAAACAAACACGUUAUUGCACGGCUCGACAAUUUAAGGUAUGGUCUAAUAUAAAAAUCAAUUUUAAUUAUCACAAGAAUUAAACGGAAACGUCUGUCGGGCCUCGUACACGCUUUUGCUGGAAGAAGAAGACAAUGUUGCUAUAAAAUACGCGCUUAUUGAAAGAUUUUUGAGUACUUUUUGUGGGGAAGAGGGUUUGGUGUUAAUCUGUAAAGAAGUUAUGACGUUGAUGGCAGUGGUAUGAUUUACUUUGCUACAUUCCAAGGCAAGGUUAUUUAAUUACUUGCACAGUGUUGAUAAAUAUACAGCCAUGCGAAAGAUAUUAAAUACGGCGUGGUUAUGUGGUCUUGUGGUUCUUAAACUUAACUUAUAUAUUUUAAAUCGCUCUAUUGACACUACUGCAGUUAUAUGAUAGCGACAAAUUGAUGCUAUAAAUGUUCCAUUGUACUGGGAGUAUUUCCUACCAAACACAACGACGUCAAUUUAAUAUAGUAUCAUUCUGAUUGCUUUCCCUUUUAGAAUUGUCUACAAUGUCAAUGUACCGAACUGCCCCACAUAGUAAAAAGACCUAUAAGUACUAGCUGAAUGCAUGAUAGUUGUUUCAAUCGAUUUUUUUGAGGAAUUGAAUUGACAGUUGGCUUUGUCUGGUGGCCGUCUGAACACUUUAAUGACAUGUGCACCGCCAGCACCGGACACAGUUCAACUUGCUAGUCUUUUAUUUGUCUCAUACAAGAAUGAAACAUAUCUUAGAUACAUUACACAGAGGGGAUUUUUAAAAGUGAUUUAGCAUGUAGUCGGAAGUGCCAAAGUAUAUCAAUAUGCUAUUUAUGUGGGCUAUAUGUAGAACCACGGACCAGGACCCGAGGACGGAUGUAAAACCACUAAACCAAAUUAAUUUCACGGGCGUGGGGUAAUCAAAUUUUUGGUGGCGGGGGGAGAAUAUUGUAAUAUUAAAUGUUGUAGUAAAGCAUUUUGGAGAACGGUUGAGCAUUGUCGUUUUGUCGUCGUACACAAGCAACAAUCUCACAUCUUGUAGCAAGUCUGCCAACAAGUUGUGUUUCCACUGCUUGUACCAAGUUGUCAACAAAUAUGGACCAACUUGUGAGAGGAGAUUUUUUUGUAUGUUAUGUAACACGCGCUCAAAACUAAUGAGUGUAAUAUAACACAUGCUGUUAUGACUAUACAUCCAAAAUUUUUAUUUUUCGAUACGUUUCUCAAUCGGCAAACAAACUUAAAAAGUAUGUUUAGUGCUUUAACUGUAAAAUAAUGCUAAAAUGAAGAGAUUUUAGAUGGUACGCCAAAGCGAAAAUUGGCUUACAUGCAUGGCUGUAAAUAUGGCGUCAAUUUUAAAGCAUCAUUGAUAAUUGUAUUUUAAUUGGCAAUUUUUUGCUAUUACUUUAUGUUUCUCAACCGGCAAAUGCAUUUAAACAGGUUGCUAACUGUAUAAACUAGAGACUAAAGCUAAAACAAAGCAAUUUUGAGAUGUACGCCAAAAAGAUUUUCGGUUUUGAACACGUUUUAUCGCAAAUACGUGACAUAGAAAAAAAUUGCCUCUUAACAGUUGUGACAUGUCACCUUGUUGAUAUCAGUUAUCAGACUUGUUGCAAGGUUCUUCCAACAAGUCCGAUACACGGUCAUGGCAUAACAAUAUUGUUACAACCUUGUGUCGUCAAUCUUGUAACAUUCUUGUUAUCUUAUCUAAAUUGUAAUCUUAUUUACCUGAAGUUGGAGUAAAUCUCAGAAACGUCGUUUGUUGAUGUAAUAAACACAUUAAAAAAGUCUUGCUGUGGUCUAUACAUUGAACACAAAAUAAGGUUUCAUAGCUAGUGGGUGCUCUAUGUUGAAUGUAAAUCAAACUGAGUCAUUUUCAAUUUGCGUGAUUUCACUGAAUAUGCUAGCGGCAAUAUAUUACAUUUAUUCUUAGUAUAGAACUUCCUUAUUUACACGAAUGCAAUAUAAACCGGUCACGUCUGCAUGUAAUUUGCCGUGAAAUGUACGAGUGUUUCUGGAGCUCGCGAUUCUAUGACGUAGGCAGCCAAUUGAUCUGUUGCUAUGUCGAGCUUAUAUAGCGGAAAACUUUAAGAACAAAAUUUAUCAUGAAUCAAAGUUGCCUGUGGGACUUAUCACAUAUAUGAUAUUUUAUAUUGUUUUUGUCCUGUUGCUAUAGUACGCACUUUGCUCUGUUCCAAUUAUGCUCUUUAACUUCAAACGUCCAUCUUUGCAAGAUCUUCAAAAUUCUUACAAUUUCAACCCGUUUGACCUUAUUUCCGGUCUACUUUUACUCUUUCUAAACUCUGCAUUUUUACAACAGGUUGGUUACUUUCCAGAGGACAUCGCUGAAAAAGAAACCUUAGAAGAAAGGUAUAAU